CCCCUCUUAUCUUCUCUAUUUUAGCUGAAGUAACCACAGAGAAUUGACACGAAGGCAUUAGGUCUCUGGUUAAAAUCUUUCAUUUCUUUUAUUUAUCCAAAUUAGGACACUUUGAACCUUAUGUUCGUCUCCCCAACUUUAAUCAAUAGGAAAAAAACAAACAAACACGAAUGGAAUUUGUGUUCCAAGAUUAUCUGUCCAAAGUGGAAUGGUCUUCAGUGUCCAGAAAAAGACACGGAAGAAAUUUUUCACGACACCUCCGGUUUUUAACUUCCUCAAAAUUAAGUGUAGCAACAUAUAUCUUUAGCCAUGCUCGGUCUUCACAGUGUCCAGACGGGUCAUAUCAGGACAUUGACGUCAGAUGUAGGAUGGAGAUCUGCUCCUUUACACAAUCUAAAGGUGGAAACUACUAAUAAAAAAUCGCACUUGGUUGAAGCUGUUUCAUUGGAUAGAACUCACCUUGAGAAGGAUGACCUCAAGGGGAAAACUGUAACGGUUUUGGGCCUUGGAGUUUCAGGUAGGGCAGCAACACGGCUUGCUCUUGCAAGGGGUGCAACUGUUGUGGCUGUUGAUAGUAAUGAAAGUAUGAUCCCUUUGGAGCAUGAUCCAUUAUUUGGAGGGUGGCAUUUUACAAAUCUGAGGACAGAACUUGGGCAAUGCAAUAUACAGUAUCUGAGCAAUUCUGACAGGAUUGUUGUCUCUCCUGGGGUUUCUCUUGAGAAGUACAACCUUACUGCUUUGAUGCAAUCAGGAGUGCAGGUUAUGUCUGAGUUGGAUUUUGCAGCUGAAUCAAUUCCAACCACUGUUAAAGUUGUUGCUGUGACUGGAACAAAUGGAAAAUCUACGGUCGCUACAUUUACUGGGCAGAUUCUUCGUCAUGCUGGAAUUGAAGCAUUUGUUGGGGGGAAUCUUGGCAAGCCUCUUUCAGAUGCUGCUUUCCAAUGUUUAUCAUCAUCAAAAACAGAACCAGAACUUACGGCUGCAGUGGUUGAGGUGAGCAGUUACCAGAUGGAGAUUCCUAACAGGCAUUUUAAACCAUCGGUAGCUGUAGUUUUGAAUCUUACUCCUGAUCAUUUGGAGAGGCACAAGACAAUGCAGAACUAUGCAAUGAUGAAGUGCCGCCUUUUCUCACAUAUGGAUCCUAGCCAUCUUGCAGUGAUUCCAAGCGGGGAUCAGCUGCUAGAGGAAGCUGCUUAUUGUUGUGGAAGUCAAGGUACACGAGCGUGGAUUGGAGACCUCCCUGGUGUUAAGCUGGACGGUGAGGCAGCACAAGCCACAAUACUUGUUCCAACUUUGGGGAUUAUGUCACAGAUAUAUCUAGGUAACUUGAAGACAAUAGGUAUGCACAAUGCAUAUAAUGCAGGCACAGCUGCACUUCUUGCCCUCGGGUUGGAUCUUGGAGUUGACUUUGAAGCUGUUAAUCAUGCAAUGGAAGUUUUGGAGCCACCUCCUCAUCGAAUGCAAGUUGUGACCAAGGAUGAUCAAGGGGUCCUUUGGGUGGAUGAUAGUAAGGCAACAAAUGUGGAAGCAACAUAUGCAGGUCUUGAGGGACUAAGGGGCCAGCCUUCAGUUGUCCUUCUUGGAGGGAUAGCUAAGGUGCUUAAUAAAGAGGGCCACAUUGGUUUUGAACGCUUAGUGGAUUGCUUAAAAUAUCACAAAGCUGUGAUCACUUUUGGAGCUUCAGGGAAGAAAAUUAAACAAACUCUUGAUGGUGCUGGAAUUUCAAUUCCCUGUGUGGAAGUUACAAGCAUGAGGGAUGCUGUAAGCACAGCAAAAUUUUUUGCAAAACAUGGAGAUGCCAUCUUGUUGAGUCCAGGGUGUGCCAGUUUUGAUGAAUUUGAAAAUUUUGAGCAUAGAGGAAAAGUAUUUCAAGAGCUGGCAACUUCUUUUUUGGGAUCUCAACAGGAGCAUUGAAACAAUGGGCAUAUAAUAAUGUUCAUGGAGAUAAUGAGGGAAGCUUUCAACCAUAAGUUUAAGAGUGAAGAAUUGAAGGAAAGACUUACGAAAAAAAGUGCAAGAGGAUUAUAUUGAAAUGGGAUUGGCUCUAGAGCGAGGGUUGGAAGAGCUAGAGAAGAGAGGGUUUAUAUACCAAGAAGGAAACCUCAAUUGCAUGGAUGUGUUUUUUGCCCCAUCUAUUCCAUGGUUUACCCCCACUAAAGAGCUAUUCAGAUUCAAUUUACUUGAGAGAGAGAAGUGUCCAUGCUUGCACAAAUGGAUUCAAAGUUUGCUCACAAAUGAAUUGGUGAAGUUGACACUUCAAGAUGGUGGUAAAUUGAUAUAGUAUGUCAAAACCAUGUGGUGUUAGGUGCAUCAAUUCAAAUAUCUUUAUAUGAUAAUGUAACUCCUUCCACUGUGUUUCUUAUCCGUCGGCAUUAGUCUAUCUAAAAUCCAUUCUCGGCCAUAGAUCUAUCUAUUCUCAUCAAUACACAAUUUUUAUGCUAGGUCCUCUUAGUAUUUGAU